AUGAUGUCAGCUGUGACUCGCUCUAUGAGUGCACACAAGCUGUUCGAUAAAUUGCCCAAGAGAAACCCACCUAACUCCAAAACCGGCGACUGCAUUCAUCGAAAUCGCCCGAUUUUAGUGGACCCUUUUGAGCAUUUCGCAGAGAACGACGUCGUGAGAUCCUGGACGUCGAGAAUAUCGAGCUUGGUCAGGCAAAAUCGGCCCAAAGAGGCCGUACGUCUGUUCAAUUCGAUGCUCGCGAGCGGCGAAAGGCCGAAUUUUGUCACGGUCCUGAGCGCGAUAAAAGCGGCUUCUUCUCUCGAGCGGAUAAUAUUGGCCCGCGGGCUUCACGGGUUCUCGGUGAAAACGGGCUUAGUUAAGUCGCAGGUGACUGUUGUGACGGCCCUCGUCGGCGUUUACUCUUCUUGGGAUAUGAGGAGUACGUGGAAAUUAUAUCUUGAGACGGCAAAUAAAGAUGUGGUUUUGUGCAGUGCUAUGGUUUCGGCAUGUGUCGCCCAAGGGGACUAUUUGGGGGCAUUUAAGCUGUUAAAGGAGAUGUCUUUUUCGAACGUGCGGCCAAAUCAUGUGACGAUUUCAAGCGUGCUUCCUGCUUGUGCUGACAUGGCUGCAUUGUACAUCGGGAAAGAAAUUCACGGUUAUGUUAUUAGAAAUUUGCUUUUUGUUCAUACGGUUUGUGGGAAUUCGCUUUUGGAUAUGUAUUCGAAAUGUGGAUGUUUGGAGGCUGCGCUUAAGGUUUUCGAGCUUAUGGAGAGUAAAGAUAUUGUUUCUUGGAGGAUAAUUGUACGUGGCUGUAUUGAGAACAAUAGUUUGGGAAAGGCUUUGGAGAUUUUCACAAGAUUGCGAGCUUGUGGUGAGGAAAAGGUGGAUGAAUGUAUAAUCCAAGAAAUAAUCGGAGCUCAUUCACUUUUCGGUAAGAAUUAUAAUAUUCACGGCUUUCAUAGUCUUUUGAUGAAAAUGGGAUUGACUGCAUAUAUUCCCUUAAUGACUGAUCUUCUCCAAGCAUAUGCUCGAUAUGGUGAUAUCGCCUCGUCUAGGAAAAUAUUUGAUACUCUUGAAUUUAAAGAUGUUAUUGCUUGGAGUGCCAUGAUUUCAGUUUAUGCUCAAAGCACGCAGCCUGAUAAAGUGUGUGAUAUAUUACAGCAGAUGCAACUGGCUGACGAGAAGCCUAAUGAGUUUACUUUUGUUAGUUUAUUGCUCGCUUGUACUUCACUCGAUGCUAUGUACAGUGGCGAAAGCAUACAUGCACAGAUAACGAAAAAAGGGUACUUAACCAACACGUUUUUGACAUCGGCCCUGAUUGAUAUGUACUGCAAAUUCGGUAGAACAGAACAAGGGAAGUCAGUUUUUGAUGAAAAUAACAAUAAUAAAAAAGAUUUGAUUUGUUGGAGUUCGAUGAUAAAUGGAUAUGCAGUCAACGGCUGUGGUGAGGAGGUUCUCGAGUGUUUUUCGAAAAUGUUGUCUUUUGGUAUAGAACCUAACGAUGUUAUUUUCAUAUCUGUUUUAUCUGCGUGUAGCCAUUGUGGAUUCGAGUAUGAAGGUUGGAGUUGGUUUAAUGCAAUGGAAAGGAUUUAUGGUAUUAAGCCAAAACUCGCGCAUUAUGCUUGCAUGGUAGAUUUGCUUAGCCGUCAAGGGAAUAUUGAGGAGGCUCUCGAAUUUGCAAAUAAUAUGCCGAUCGAGCCUGAUAAGCGGAUAUGGGGAGCUAUUCUUGCUGGAUGCAAAAAUGUUGAUGGGGCUAAUGAGAAUUUGGAAUUUGUUUCGAAGAAACUUAUUGAUCUCGACCCAGAGAAUAUGAGCAAUUAUGUGGUACUCUCUAACUUGUAUGCGGAUAAGGGUCGAUGGGAUGAGGUUGAGAAGUUGAGAGAUUUUGUUGAUCGAAAAUCGUUGAGGAAACUUGUGGGUUAUAGCGCGAUUUGA